CCGGGGGGCGGGCGCAAUGCCGCCCUGGCUGCUCGGCAGCCUCUGCUGCGUGCUGGCGGCGCGGGCGGCGCUGGGCGGCGGCCCCGCGGGYGCGGAGGAGGAGGAGGAGGAGAAGCUGAUCCGGGUGCUGGUGCUGCUGCCGCAGGACGACGCCUAYCUCUUCUCGCUGGGGCGGGUGCGGCCGGCCAUCGAGUACGCGGUGCGGAGCCUGCGGGACAGCGGCGCGGGUCUGCCGCCCGGCUACGCCUUCCAGCUCACCUACGAGGACUCGGCGUGCGGCAACCGCGCCCUGUUCAGCCUGGUGGACAUGGUGGCCCUGCAGCGCCGCCGCCCCGACCUGCUGCUGGGGCCGGUGUGCGAGUACGCGGCGGCGCCGGUGGCGCGGCUGGCGGCGCACUGGGACGUGCCGAUGCUGUCGGCGGGAGCGCUGGCCGCCGGCUUCGGCGCCAAGGGCGGCGAGUACUCGCACCUCACCCGCGUCGCGCCCGCCUACGCCAAGAUGGGCGAGAUGCUGCUGGCCCUYUUCCGCCACCACCAGUGGAACCGGGCCACGCUGCUCUACAGCGACAGCAACCCCGAGCGCAGCUGCUACUUCGCCAUGGAAGGUGUCCAUGUGGUGUUCCAGGAGGAGGCCUUCCACAUGGCCGUGCACAGCUUCGACGAGACCAGCCGGCACCUCGACAUCGACGACGUCGUCCGCGCCCUGCAGACGGGCGAGAGGGUUGUAAUCAUGUGUGCCAGCGGUGACACUAUCAGGAACAUCAUGUUGGCUGCUCAUCGGCAAGGAAUGACCAACGGGGACUAUGCUUUCUUCAAUAUUGAACUCUUCAACAGCUCAUCAUAUGGAAAUGGCUCUUGGAGAAGAGGAGACAAACAUGACCUUGAAGCCAAGAAAGCAUACUCAUACCUCCAAACCAUCACUCUGCUGAGGACUGUGAAGCCUGAAUUUGAGAAGUUUUCCCUGGAGGUGAAAAGUUCUGUUGAGAAGCAGGGUCUUCAUGAGGAUGACUACGUGAACAUGUUUGUGGAGGGAUUCCAUGAUGCUAUUCUUCUUUAUGCUCUAGCUUUGCAGGAAGUCCUGAAGAUUGGUUUCAGUAAGAAAGAUGGGGAAAAAAUUGUUCAGCAAACACGGAACAGAACAUACGAAGGCAUUGCAGGGCAGGUGUCCAUUGAUGCCAAUGGAGACAGAUACGGGGAUUUCUCUGUGAUUGGAAUGACAGACCCGGAGGCGGGCACACAGGAGGUGAUCGGGGACUACUAUGGGAAGCAGGGGCGAUUUGAAUUUCGAUCCAAUGUGAAAUAUCCGUGGAACCACGGCAGGCUGCGACUAGAUGAAAGCCGAGUUUCAGAGCACACAAACAACACACCGUGUAAAUCAUCAGGUGGUCUCGGAGAAUCAGCAGUUACAGGAAUAGUUGUGGGCGCCCUGCUUGGAGCAGCAUUGCUAAUGGCUUUUUACUUCUUCAGAAAGAAAUACAGAAUAACCAUUGAGAGAAGAACUCGACAGGAGGACUGUAACAUGGGGAAACAUCGGCAGUUACGUGAAGACUCCAUUAGAUCCCAUUUUUCUGCUGCAUAAAGARGAAGAAGAAUCCCAUUCUUCCUAGGGAAAAAAAGAGAAUUAGAGAAAAGGACACAACCAAAGACAUCAGUGUAAAAAGAAGAGGCGCUUGAAGAACUCACUCCUUUAAGCAGUAAUUUUGUCUUAAUUUGUUUCAGAAGCUCAGGAAUGAUUUACUAAUCACAUUAUGCCRCAUGGCCUUUCAUCUCAUGAAAAAAGAAAAUUAUGCAGUUUGCUGUUACUGGAUGUACUUAAUAUGUAAAACAGUAUGUCUUAAGGMAUAUAUUAAGGCUAGCAGAUAUGAGUUUAGUUGAUGGGGGAUGCCUCAUUCUGAUCCUUUUUUUUUUCUUUUUAGCUUCUACCACCUCCUUCCGUAUUUGCAUCUCACCCUUGGGUAUCAAAUAUGGUUUCAGAAGCACAGGUGCUGGUUGCUGCCAAAAGGAAAAAAGGGAUUGAUUUGGGGUGUGAUCCUGCAUCGCUGAAUCACUGCCAUUGAUAACAGGGGAUAUGAAAUUCAGUGUACGGGCCUUAGUUCUGGGAGGGAACUGGCACUUGGUUGUAAUUAGCUCCACUGAGAAAGUCAGGCAGGUGGGAACACACAAACCAUUCUUCCCUGGUUUGUGUGGUGUCACAGUCAAAAGCACUGUUUCUCCCUCUUGGGUGGUGGGAUUUAGGAAAAACUCCAGGGAAGGRUGAGGAGUUUCACAGGCGUGAAACAGUGACAGAGAAGACAAUCAAGUCUCUGGGGAAGACUGGUUAAUUCCUCAGUCUGAUAUGUUUUGUCAGACUCUUUUCUAGCCAUUGCCAUGACUUUCUAGAGGGGCAAAUAUAACCCAUGGCAGGCUUGCUCCUGUUCCCAGUGAAGUCAAUGGCAAAAACCCAUUAACUUCAGUGAGCACAGGACUGCAUCCAAAACUGUAAAUAUGAAAGUGUUUGUAUAGCUGAUGCAAUUCAAAAGGGGAUUUUUUUUUUGGUGUAAAAAUGACAUUCCAUGCUACCAUUUUAUUUUUUAGGAUAUUUUUAAUCUUGUAUUUUUCUAUUAAAAUAUCUAUUUUUGCUUUGGUAGGAUUAAAAAUUAAGGAAGAGGAUGUUUUGAAGACAUAUUUUUUAUGAUAGGAGUAAUAUGCAGGGAAAGUCAACAGCUGUAAAUACAUUGAAGAACCAGUGGUUAGGGGAGGAGAAAUGGCUGUGCAUGGUAACAGAUGUUUUGCCCCACUUUUUUCUUCAGGCAUGUGCAACAUUCAAAUGGUUACUUAAACAACAAAAAUGCAGUUAUUGAAUUGUCUGUGUGAUGAUCGCCCUGAUGCUGUAAAUAAUACAUUUUUCAAAUGUUAAAAUGUCCUCCAGAUGAUGGUGAGAUUUAACUAUCCAUGUGUGUACAAUUAAACACCCAAGGAGCUACCUUCAGGAAUCCUGUGUUAAAACACAAUUCUAGGGCUGACUUUAAUCCUGCUGCCAUCAGUGUCCCUGGAACUUUUGCCAUUUAUUUKACCAGGAGCAAAACUGCAUCUGUGAUGAAUUAGCUACUGACAGGUUAUUUUACACUAGACAAAGGAGAGCUUUGCACUUUCUAGUCAACAAAUGGAAAUGAACAGUACUUACUGUAAAUGUGGUGAAGAAGACUCAUAAAAAUAUUGUCAGUGGGUAAACAGAGCUAUGACUGUGGUUCUAAGAGUGCAUGAAAUAUUUUGGUUUAUUCUAUUCUGAUUUCAUAAGCAGAACUUUCUGGUCUCAGCAGUUGUAGCCAGACUUGAAAGUAAUCUCAAAACUGGCUCUGAAGCCUAAUUUCUACAAAACUUCUAGGCUUUGAAAAGCCAGAGUGCCAAUUCUGAGAAAYCACUUUGGGUUACCUGAAGUGAAAGAAGAGCAAAAACUGUUUAUGUCCRCUUUCUGCUCCCUUUUGUUUGUUGUUGGACAUUUUUUUUCCCCUCAUAUUUCACUUCUUUCUUAGCAUAUAGAGGGUUCACCUGCCCUUGGGAAAUACUGUCCUAUGUCCCAGGCAGCCAGAGGGUAAAGCCUCCUGUACAGGAAAUUGAUUUCCAUCAUCCCCUUUCCCAGUCUGAGCCUGUGUGACUUAUCCAAAGGUGCUUUAGCCAAAGCAGUGGGCAGUUUUCUGAAGUGUUCUCCUUAUUUCAUGGGCACCAGAGCAGAGUGGUAUUCCCUUUAUUUCAUGGGCACCAGAAGUAGGCUAGAGCAGCAUUCCAACAGCUAUGGACUUGGGGAGGAAAAAAGUCUUCCUGGUCAGUUUCUGGAUGUUUUUCUUUUCCCCCAAGCAGYUGAGUUUGUCUAGGCCCUGGGCUUACUUAAGGUUUGGUGGGUUUUUUAGCUAUUUUCCAAAGUGCUUUUGAUCUGCUUCUGGUUUGGUAAAAAGGCCUACGAGAAUCUUGACUUUCUUUUACCCAUUUGUCUGCCUUGCCACAGAAAAAAAAAGGCAAGACAAUUUUUUAAUGUGUAGAGAAAAGAGGACAUGAUUUGAAGCAUAAACUUUUUUUGAAAUUAUUUUUGUUGUGACUAAAAAAAAAAUAAAAAAGCUAUUUAAAAAAAAGAAUAGUGAAAUGUCACUUUUUAAUUAGAAAAAUUGUAAUUCAGAUCCUUGGUUUUAUGUAGGGUGUUUAAAUCACAACCUCAGGAAGUGUUUCUGUGAGAUGUCUGUUGGUGGGAUGCUGACAGAGGCUUUGCCAAAACUCUGCAUCCCAGCACCUCCCGAGAAAGGUGAACCUUUUUUUGCCCCUUAGAGCAUUUCAGAUCAGUGUGUUUUAAUGUUGGCAGAUUGAAGCACACAAACAUAUGAAUUUUUCCCAUGGAAGUGUGGAGAUCCUUUAAGACAUUUCACAURAGUAGAUUCCUUCACAGCAUAAAUAAACUCGCUCUUCUUAGCUGCCUUUCACAGGCCUCUUGCUAAUAGUUCCCAAAUCUUUCACAGACUAUAGAUCAGAGGCUGCCCUGAGUUUAGAUUAUUCAGCAGAGGGAUUCUUUACUGGCUGAUGCACUUUUCCUUUCUGGUUCAUCUGCAUUAGCUCAAUGCCACAAUGUUUAGGCUCCGAACUCUGUAAGGGAAUGUYUAAUCAAAAUAAUAAUAAUUGAUUCUCAAAAGAGGUUUCAAAACCUACAUUUUUGGCUUCAACAAAUUGCCCGUAUUACAAACAUACAUCUGUACUACAGAGCAGCACAAGGAGACCCUUGACUCAGCUCAGCACUUCAGAACACACUUAAAAUAUGCUCAACUUCAGCUUCUAAGUGCUUUGCUCACUUGGGACUAAAGGGUAUGAUCCUGGCUGUGCGAGAACCAAAGGGAAAUUUGAAUUUAAGAAAGGCUGGCCCUUUAGGCCAUGUUAAUUCUCACAGUUGUGCCUCUUAAAUUGAGAGCUAGUGGCUUCAUACUGAUGUUUUCAAACUUUUUCAAGUUCUGCUCAUUAARUAUUUUUUUAAAAUUAUUAAACAGUGGUCAGCUUAACAGCUGAUUCACCUCAGAAUCCUCUUCCUUGCAGUUCUGUGGACCAUUUUCCUGCCUUUUUGCCAUUGUAACUUGAGCAGCUAGGUUUCCAUUGCAAGGGACAAAAAUGAAGCAGAACUUUCAGUAGUAUCUGUGAUUUAGUGUCCUGAAACCCACAGUGUCAGGGUCAGAUGUCUAGGUGCUUUGUCCUGGGCCACUGUUAGUUCUGGCAGUUUUGUUUAUGGACAGUUUGUGUGUCCUGAGUUGUUUGUGACUGCCACCAUCACCAGUUAAUUACCAGUUCCUGCCCUGAUGUGCUUGAAAACCACACCCAGCUGAGCUCGAAAAACAUUCAGUUUGUUAAAACUUGUCAUUUAGAGUGGUCUGUACUUUGCAAGAUUGUGGCCAGAAUUCAGUUUAUUAAAGAAUCACAUUAAUUCAUUUCUGAAAAUAAAUUGUGUUCAUCUAUGUUCAGYUGGUCCUUAAGCAGUAUGUUAUUGCUUUAUUGGAAGUAUUUUGUAUUUYUGGUUUUUUUAGAGUAAUUAAGAUGUAGCUAAUGCUUUGAAAACAUUUGUACUGGACAAAAUAAGAGUGUUCUCYCUGACAACAUGUUUUACUGGGAGGCUGAUCUCUGAUUCAUUUUUUGGCUUAGAAGUGCAAUCACACUCUCACUAAGCUGACAAAAAAAAACCCUCUUACAGAUUCAGUGGAAGUAAACCCAGGCCCUGAGUGGUGUCUUCAGGCUUGAAGCAGCUCAGAGCGAGUUUCUCAGCGUUGCUGCAGAACAGGCUGCAUCAGCCUUAGCUGACCUUGGCUCCAGCGAUGUUUUCACCUCAUGAAUGCCAUAAUGCUCCUGGAAAGCCAAGAAUAGACAUCAAAGACAGGAAGCUAAUAGUCCUGGUCAUAAAUUUCUUUGGCAAUUCAGUCCACCUUUUCCGGAGCUCAAGACAGUUCCACAUCCUUCACUGCCCUCCUCUGUGCUUCACAGUGUGGCUGUGUAGCCAUUCUGGUUCUUUCAGUAGAGCAGUUAAGGGUUUUUUUUCUCAUUUUCUCCCCGAGUAGAGCAAACAGUCUUUAGCUCCCUGGUUUUUUUCAUGGCCUUUUGUCUAGGUUCAGAAGUCCUUUGAAAAGAGACAUCCUUUUCCAUGAUUYAGUCAGAAAUGCUCCCUCUUCACUGAGAGUGUUGUCUUUUAUGUAAUGUUGGUUCAUUGCUGCCAGCACACCUCGUGCUGGUCCCUGGCCAUGCCAGCAGCUAUCAGACAUCUAACCUAGAACUUCCUGUUGGGGACUUUUUAUUCCUGUUGUCAUUGCUAUAAAGCAAUGUCAAAUCCAGUAACCAACUUCCCCACUGCAAGGCACAGAAAUGGGAUCAGAAAUACAAGUUUCUAAUGGUACAUUACCUUUUCUGUUGGCUAGCAACAUGCCSUAGUAACUCACAGAGCCAUAAAGGGUCAAAUUUCAAAGUGCAUGUUCGGUUGGAGUCAGUUUUAGCCCUUUUAAGAAACAAAGAAAUACAGGAGUUACUUUUUGGAAUAURUAUUUAAAGACAUGUUGGGAAAAGUUUUGCUUUCAGAUAUGCUGUGUGUGUCACCUCUCCUCCCCCCACUUUUCCUUCUUGCUGUUGAAAGCACAAAAAAGAUUUGUGUGUGUGUGAAACCUUUCACGUGGAAGRAUGGAAGAGUUUGCACUAUGCAUAUCCCUGCUUAGAGUCAGAAAUUAAUUCAGAUCGCUCGAGGGCUGAAUUGUUUUCCAUUCUCAGAUACCUUUUAACAUCUGAGCUCUGAGACUGAUGAGAAAAGAUUGUUGAAAUUAAAACAAAUAGCUGUUUGUGAGAGACCUCAGACCUGGCUGUCUACAGGGUCAGCAAGCUGUGCAGCAGACAUUGAUGGUGUCUGUUCUCUUCUAAAGAGCAGCAGAAAACCUGAGCACUCUGGUUUGCCCCAGUGAAGCCUUAAGUCUGUCAUAAAUGCAGCUCUCUCUUUGUCUCACCCACAGAGGAAGAAAGAAAAAAGGUUAAUGUUGGUGUUUUUAUGAGGUUAUUGCUGGUUUUGGUCAGGAAUAUAAGGCUGCCACAGUUUUGAGGCUUUCUUGGGCUAGUGUUUAAUUUUGUCCAGUGUAUCACCCAUGUAGACUUUUAUCAUGCCUUUACUUCUUCCAGAAUUUACCUUUUAGAAGGUCCUAACUGACACAGAACGAACUUACAGCAUGAAGAACUAGCAAAAAGGAGAAGCUUACAGUUCCCUCAAAAUCUUUCACUAACCACUAAAUUGAUAUUCUGCAUCAAGGGCAAAUUAUUCUUAAUAGCCUGACACUGUUACAGUUUGUAUGUUAAGCUAUAUUACAUCAGAAAUCUUAGGUGGAUUCAUUAGAUGAAAAAUCUUUGAAAGGCUUAAAUCUGCUCUGUGUGAACUGUUCCUUGGUGUUUCUGUCAUGUGAAUGUUUCUAGGGGACACUUGAGCAAGCGACAAAAAUGUACCAAAAUUGAUAUUUAGGAAAAAAAAUAAAUCUUAUUUUAGGGAUUUCUUCUGUAAUCUAAUCUCAACUGGUUUGCACAGGGAACACACAAUUCUGCUGCCCACCCCCCAGCUAUGGACAGAGGUUUUGCUGAUGUUGUACAGCAGCAGCAGGCACAACGAGCUCAGCUGCAUUGGUUUCUCUUUGGGGAUGAUCUGGACUUCUCCUUCUCUCAAAAAAAGGGAGUCCUCACUGUGCACAUCUGAAAGUGCUGAGGAAACUCAGAGUGCCAGGAUGAAGGCAAGGGUAGAAUUUGCUGUGUUUCUUGUGUGCAGGGUGUAACAAAGACUAACAGGACUCAGGAUAGACUCUGUGGACAGGAACUUUGUCCCCUUUUUUUUCAGUGAUAUUGUUCACUGUUUAUGGAAAAAAAACACUGGACAACAGAGAAACCUAGUGCCAGUCUAGCAGAAAACAAAUGGAAAGCUGCACAGUAUAUUGUACUGAUGUAAGUAGAACUAUCUGCAUAUAAUGUGAUUUUAUUUAUUGUUGUUUUUGUGUAGAGGAGAGUGCGUAUUCAUGACUGUGGAUAUAACCCUUGUUUAUUUGUGUAAUGUAUUUUAUUUCUUCUAUGAGUUGGUCAUUUAAAAUAUCUACAUUCACUGGUGUCCUUAURCUUUUUUUCUGUGCGUCUUCUUUCACACCUUUUAAAAAUGCAAGAGUAUCACAUAACCUAAAUUGUAACAAAAUGUUUCCAUUAAAGACAUAUGAAUAUGUUA